AUGCAUAGGAUCAAUGGAUCCUCCGGUAUGCCGGUAUGCCAGUGCAUCUACUCCGACAUGCCUUAUAUGCCUGAGGCACCAAUCGAAUCUGCAGUCAAGGGCCUGAAGAAUAACAAAGGCUCCGAGAAGCAGCAGAGCGCAGCCAGGAGGAAGAACGGCGACUCCAACCCACACCGUAUUGGCAUUCUCUAUCGCCGUCACAUCUCUCGCAUAGUCCCUUUGAAACCAGAGAAAAUCCAAUUUUUUGUUAGUUAA